CCCCACCAAACCCAUAAGGCCAUAACCCAUUCAUUCAUAAUUCAUUCGUUCAUUUUAAAUUUCGUUCCUCCCCUCAAAUUCUCAUACCCAAGAGUGAACUGAGAAGAGAAGAAGAGAGGGGAAGAGGGGAAAAAAAAAGAAAAAAGAAAAAGAAAAGAGAAGAAACCCUAAACGACAUCGAAAAUGGCCGUUUCGAGUUGCAGCAAGGUUUUCUCUUCUUCCCCGUUCGAGUGCCGUUCGGAUCCCGAUUUCUCUGCUCCUCCGCCGAGGUUCGAGAACCUUCGCUCACGAUGCCGCCUCGAAACGGCGUCGUUUCGGUCUCUCUCCCUCUCGCUUUCCCCUUCACUCAUCUUCCGCUUCCCGCCAAAUUUCCAGCGCCAGCUCAGCACCAAGGCCCGCCGCAACUGCAGCAACAUCGGCGUCGCUCAGAUCGUCGCUGCGUCGUGGUCCAACAACUCUCCCUCCUCCUCCUCCACCGCCGGAGCUCCGGCGUCACCGGCGGCCUCCGUCAUUGAUGCCGCUGCCUCCGCCACCCCGAUCUCCCUCUCCCCCGCCGAGGUCGCCGGCGACGAGGACGUUGUCGUCGUUGCCGCCGCCGAGGAGGAGGAAGAUGGAAACGGGACUGUACAGUUUAAGGGUUCCGUUGACACUUUUUCUUAUUCUUCGUUAACAGAUGCAAGCAAAACCAUUCAUGCCGCUGAAAGGUUAGGUCGGGGCAUUGUGACUGAUGCUAUUACGACCCCUGUAGUGAACACUUCUGCAUACUUCUUUAAGAAAACCGCUGAUCUCAUUGAUUUCAAGGAAAAACGCCAAGUUAGUUUUGAAUAUGGACGCUAUGGAAACCCAACUACCGUGGUUUUGGAGGAGAAGAUAAGUGCACUGGAAGGUGCUGAAUCAACUUUGAUCAUGGCAUCAGGCAUGUGUGCCAGCACAGUCCUGCUGAUGGCACUGGUGCCGGCUGGUGGACAUCUGGUGACCACCACAGAUUGCUACAGGAAGACUAGGAUUUUCAUUGAAACCAUCCUUCCAAAGAUGGGAAUUUCUGCCACCAUAAUUGAUCCUGCUGAUGUUGGUGCCUUGGAAUCUGCAUUGGAACAGCACAAUGUUUCAUUGUUCUUCACUGAGUCUCCUACAAAUCCAUUCCUCAGAUGUGUUGAUAUUAAGCUGGUUUCAGAGCUCUGCCACAAAAAAGGCGCUCUGGUCUGCAUUGAUGGUACAUUUGCCACACCGUUGAACCAGAAGGCCCUUGCCCUUGGAGCUGAUCUUGUGGUGCACUCUGCAACUAAGUACAUUGCUGGACAUAAUGAUGUCCUUGGUGGUUGCAUAAGUGGUCCCGAUAAGUUGGUUUCACAAAUUCGUAAUUUGCAUCAUGUUUUGGGUGGUACUCUUAAUCCAAAUGCUGCAUACCUAAUCAUUAGAGGCAUGAAAACGCUGCAUCUUCGUGUACAGCAGCAGAAUUCAACAGGGUUGAGGAUGGCCAAAAUUUUAGAGGCACAUCCCAAGGUGAAGUGUGUCUACUAUCCAGGCUUGCCAAGUCAUCCCGAACAUGAGCUUGCUAAAAGGCAGAUGACUGGCUUUGGUGGUGUUGUCAGUUUUGAGAUUGAUGGGGACCUAAUGACCACCAUAAAGUUUGUCGAUUCGCUGAAAAUUCCAUAUAUAGCUCCAUCCUUCGGUGGCUGUGAGAGCAUUGUGGAUCAACCUGCAAUCAUGUCUUACUGGGAUCUUCCUCAAUCUGAAAGGGCUAAGUAUGGGAUUCAUGACAACUUGGUUCGGUUCAGCUUUGGAGUCGAAGACUUUGAAGAUUUGAAGGAUGAUAUCCUGCAGGCUCUGGAAGCCAUAUAGAGACCUGGUCAUACCAUCUUCACCUACCCAUUUUGGAGUGUCUCUUUUCUUCUCUGUUCCUUUUUGCUAUCAUUAGUAUGGCGAGUCAAUUGAUUUUGAUCACUGAAUGUUCUGUUCGCCUUAUGUUUUCUUUCUAUGUAGGGUAUAUUAUUACCAUCUAAUUUGAGUGGGUGGUGUAGUGAGUUGCUUAAACCUCAUGUGUUUCCUCAUUAUUAAGAAUAAAUUCUUUGGACGUAGGUUAUAAAUCAAAUCUCUAUGGGCAUGUAUGGAAUGAUUGGAGUUGAAAUUAUUUGACUU